CCAAUUUGGUUUUGUCUUCCGCUAUAGAAAAUAAAAAGCGAUCCACACACAUCCAAUCCUCCCAUGUUAAGAUGGAAGUGGAAGGUAGGAUCGAGGAGCAAGAUAUUCUGAUAGUUGGAGGCGGCAUUGCUGGGCUUACUACAGCUCUUGGCCUGCACAGGUUGGGCAUCCGGAGUCUGGUUUUGGAGUCGUCUGAUGAAUUAAGAUCCACGGGCUUCGCCCUCACCAUGUGGACGAAUGCGUGGAUAGCUCUAGAUGCUCUUGGAAUCGGGGACGCCAUGAGGGCCAAAUCUCUCCCAAUUCAAGGGUGUGCCUCUCACUCUAUUAGUUCUCUCAUAUCAUCUUGCUCAUUUUCUUCUUUUUCUACUAUUGCUAUUAGUUUUCAAGUCGGUUGCUUGGAUUCCAGCUCUUCCCACACAGAUUUCAAGCUUGGCCAGUUUGAGAGCAGAUGUGUGAAAAGAACAGAUUUACUGGAACUUCUAGAGAGAGAAUUGCCACGGGAGAGUGUGAGAUAUUCUUCCAAGAUUGUUAACAUUCAGGAAUCUGGUAACUUCAAACUAGUUCAUCUUGCACAUGGCUCUGUUUACCGAGCUAAGGCAUUGCUGGGAUGUGAUGGAGUGAAUUCAAUGGUGGCAAAAUGGAUGGGGCUCAAGAGUCCAAUCAGCGCUGGGCGAGCAGCCAUCAGAGGCUACGUGGUGUAUCCAGAAGGCCAUGGCUUCGAGCCGAAGCUCUAUGCCUACUUUGGUGGAGGCGUGCGCCUUGGUUUUGCACCUUGUGAUGACAAGGGCGUAUACUGGUUCUGCACUUUCACUCCAUCACUAUUCAAAUAUGAUGAGAGCGAGCGUGAUCCCGUGAAAAUGAAGCAGUUUGUGAUGAGUAAAAUCAGCACUGCACACAACCAUGUGUUGGAUGUAGUAGAGAGGACGGAGCUAGAUAGCGUCUCAUUGGCGCAUCUAAAGUUUAGAUCGCCAUGGGACAUUUUGUUUGGAAACAUUGUGAAGAAGGGUGUGUGUGUGCUCGGGGAUGCCUUGCAUCCGAUGACUCCGGACUUAGGUCAAGGAGCAUGUUCUGCUAUAGAGGAUUCCGUGGUUCUUGCAAGGUGUCUGGGCGAAGCUCUAUCUGAAGUGGGUGACGAGGAGGACUACGUGAAAAUGGAGAAAGGGUUGGACUGGUUCGGGAGAGAGAGGAGAUGGAGAAGCUUUAGUCUUGUCAGUACAGCAUAUGUUGUUGGUAUCUUGCAAGAGACUGAUAACAGAUUUGUGUCCUUUUUCAGGAAGAUGUUUUUGUCCAAGUUUACUGUUGAGCCUUUUGUUAGAAUGGCUGAUUUUGAUUGUGGAAACUUACAUCUUACUUCUACUUAGAUUUUCGCCCAUAUUGCCAUUUUUUCUUUGGCUGUGUGCAUUGGACAUUAUAAUUAAUUAAAUAAAGUGAACAUCUAUGCCAACGCGUUUGAUAUAGAUGUCUUAUUUA